GGGUUGUUUGUGUUGCUGAGUGAGAGCAGAGCUGUUUGGGUGGAUGCUGUCCUGGGGGGAAAGGUACGCAAAGUGAGCCAGUCUCUUUAGGCAAACUGGCUUAAACUUUUUUUAAAAGAUUUCUCUGAGAUUUGGAAGGAAAACUGCUAAACUGAGAAGAACCUUGCUCCUCCCCCUCAGCUCUGCAUCUCAAGCUGGGAUUUUUUUCCUCUCUUAGAGAAGAGGAGCUGCCCCAACUGAUGCCGCUCACUCGAGGUGAGCUGUGCAGGAGGCUUUUUAACUGCUCUCUAAACUAGUGAGUAAUGGGACCAGCACUGCUGAGGGCUGCUGCAAAGAAGGCCCCUUAAGACUGGGCACAGUCGAUUUUUGUCUACUGCUUUCAAUUUGCAGUCAAGUCUCUGAAGUACUUUGCAAAGCUGGAGUGGGGUUGAAGGGAAUUAUUUCCACAGACCUGUAUCAGUGACUGCUAGCUGCUUUGCCACCUGAUCCAUGGAAGGCAAUACUGACCAGUGCACAUCUUGACAAGGUCUCCUAGCAACCUUUUCUGCAGAGCUGAAUGACAGCAGGAGCAGCAGGGCAAAUUGAUGAGCUUGCCUGGGGAGCCUUUAAAUAGGCAAAACCCAAACACACAAUGGGUCAGAAGGUCACAGGUGGGAUAAAGACUGUGGAUAUGAGGGACCCUGUAUACAGGCCACUGAAACAGGAGCUCCAGGGACUUGACUACAGCAAACCCACACGUUUGGACUUACUGCUGGACAUGCCUCCAGUAUCGUAUGAAGUCCAGCUAUUGCAUUCAUGGAACAACGAUGACCGCUCGCUGAAUGUCUUCGUGAAAGAGGAUGACAAACUCAUAUUUCACCGGCAUCCGGUGGCUCAGAGCACAGACGCCAUCAGAGGCAAAGUGGGAUACACACGAGGAUUGCAUGUGUGGCAGAUCACAUGGGCAAUGAGACAGCGAGGCACCCAUGCCGUGGUAGGGGUGGCAACAGCAGAUGCCCCUCUGCAUUCUGUAGGUUACACCACACUUGUAGGAAAUAAUCAUGAAUCUUGGGGGUGGGAUCUUGGGCGCAACCGACUGUACCACGAUGGGAAGAACCAGCCAAGUAAAACCUACCCUGCCUUCCUAGAACCAGAUGAGACUUUCAUUGUGCCAGACUCCUUCCUGGUCGUUCUGGACAUGGACGAUGGAACACUGAGCUUCAUUGUAGAUGGGCAAUACAUGGGUGUUGCGUUUCGGGGACUUAAAGGGAAAAAGCUAUAUCCAGUGGUAAGCGCAGUGUGGGGACACUGUGAAAUACGGAUGCGCUACUUGAAUGGACUUGACCCUGAACCACUGCCUCUGAUGGACUUGUGUCGGCGAGCUGUGAGGCUUGCACUGGGCAAGGAAAGACUAAAUGAGAUCUCUACAUUGCCACUGCCAGCUUCCCUCAAGAGUUAUCUGCUCUACCAAUGACCUUCAUGUUCAAGGACAGAGCUGGAACCAAGACAAGCAAUCUGGAGCUGACCCACUGGGCAACGGGUUUGCUACCCUCAUGUCGUGGCUACUGUUGGAACUCCUUGGCCAAAGUACCCCUGUCUGUGCUAAAGCAAAUUCUCAAGUAAUCCUUGUUUCACAACUAAAAUGAGUAUUUUGUUCUUUGGAAGUUGCUUCUCAAGCACGCCUACGAAAGGAACCUUUACAGAACUUCUGUGCUUCCCUGCUUCUCCAGAUAAAGGCUGUACUGGAUCCUUUGGGCUGUAGAGCCUAUAAGUGAAUUAUUCUUCUGCGCCAGCCAAAAAGGAGAGCAUAGCUUAGGGGAUGGGAAAGCAGUAGGAGUGGAGGUCUGUCUUAAGACCAGGUGCUAAGAACGGAAAGGCACAGGGUGGCCAGCAGAGUUGGGAAGAGCCUGGAAUACCAAGAGGAAUUAUCAGUGGGAUGUUAAAACCAAAAAAUAAAGUAAAACCAACAAAAACCUGAAACACCAAAACUGAGAAUCUUUCCACCAGGACACUUAACUUAGAGAAGGUGGUUGUGUAGCUGAUGUCUGUCUGUCUGUCUUUGCUAGGACUUCUCACUGUGUUUUGAGGUUAUUUAAUAGACAGUGAAUCUUGCUUUAUUGUUUCUGCCACUAUCACUUUCCCAGUUCUCCUGCUGUUUGUCCUGCCUUGUCUUACUGGGUGUGACUCUGAGCAGGCACCCCAUAUCUUCACCUGCCCUCUUCCUGCUAAACUGCUGGUUUUAGUCUGGAGUCAGGGGGUUCCUUGUCAGUGUGAGGACAGGGAAAGGACAAACUUCUCCUGCAAUAUAAGCCAGAGUGGUUGAGUUCUGAGACACGCUGCACCAGCUAUAGGCGCCCUGCCUUCUUAAGUCUGCUUUCUGUAUAGCCUGUCCUUGUUAGGGCUUUAGAAACACAUACUGAGGUGUUCCUCUAAUGUCCCUGCCAGAGUUUUCUCUUCAAUAAGCUGCUUAAAGUCCUCAGAGCCAGGCUUUGUCCUGUCAUAGACCAUCAGCCUAAUCUCCUCGUAGCUAUGCAGCAGGAAUAGUUCUCCCUGUUCCUUGCUUGGAGGUGGGAAGAUGUCCCAGACAAAGGAAGGUAGCAUUGCGACUGCAGAAUUGCCAUCAGCAAACUGGAAAUCCAGAAGAGCUGGUGAUUGCUGCAGAAUAAUGUAACUUGUGAGGUUUUAACAGAGCCCUGUGGGAUGACCUUCAGGCACAGGAAGAAAGAAAGGGAGCCCCUCCAGGGCUGGGAGGGAGGAACUGCAAUAAAAGACAGGACAAGCAAUUCUGGCAAAAUCAGCACAUCCCAAAUAAAGAUUCUUGCCUCAACAGCCAAGUAGAGAGGCUCAGAGCUCUCUUGAUGUCUCCACAGGCUACUAUGCUGCCUUUCUGGGGUUAUUUUGCACAUUUCUUUGUCUUGAAAAAUGUUUGUGUGGUUUUUCUUUUUUUUUUCUUUUUUUCUUUUUUUUUUUUUUUUUUUUUUUUUUUUUUUGCUCUUGAGUUAUUCCUUCAGUUUUGUGUAGGUACAAAUGAGUUUAGUUGUUGAAAAUGUUAAUAUAUAUAUAUAUCUGUGGUGUAUGUAUAAGAACCAUGUUUUAAACAGCUGCUGUAGGGUACCUUUUUUAAAAAAUAAACUACUUGCAUAGUAUAUUUUUUAAAGCACAGAAUUGGUGCCAAGACUGGGUGGGGUCUGUUGUGCCCCCUUUUUUAAUCUUGUAUAAUUUUUUUUAACAUAGAGGUUUGUACUAGUUUCUGUUACAGGGUGGGACACAAGUUGCACAAGAAAAUUCAGUGUAUAUGGAACCCUACUUGGUUGCCUUCAACUUGAACCAGUGUCUUCCGUUAACUCCAGGGAAGUAUCUGUGUUCUUCCCACUUCUAAUGCUCUUUGCGCUUUCUUGUCUCCAUCUCCUCUCACUUCCCUAGUGUGUUGCUUUGUACAGUUUUAAAUUCUCACUUUCUAUUUUAUGGCUGUAGAUAACAUUCAGUAACCUAAUAAACUUUAAUAAAUAUUA